AUGCCUGUCAAAGAGUCAUUAACCAUAUCGAAACCGCAACCUUUUUCAACUUUUAACGAUCGUGUGAAACAAUACGUCACAACAAGUGUUGAGAACGUUUUAGGAGCUGCUAAUUACGAUGCAGCCGAAGUUCCCACAUGGGUCGAUACCAUCACAGCAAUUGUCAUGUUACAGCGUACUAAUACAGGAUUUCAUCUUUUUAGUACUUGUUUCUGGGAUCAGUCGUCUGACGGAACUGUAACGGUUCAAUGGGAAAAUAAGUCAAUGCAUUGCGUUGUUACCGUCUAUGGUAUCGCUGUAUAA